AUUUUUGUAGAUCAAGUGAUGGAAUUAGUCGAGCUAGACGGUCUCAAAGAUGCUUUAGUGGGGCUUCCAGGAAUUUCAGGGUUGUCAACUGAACAAAGAAAGAGGUUAACAAUUGCAGUUGAGCUUGUUGCUAAUCCCUCAAUCAUUUUCAUGGAUGAGCCAACAUCAGGUCUUGAUGCAAGGGCAGCUGCCAUUGUUAUGAGGACUGUUAGAAACACUGUGGACACAGGGAGAACAGUUGUCUGCACAAUUCAUCAGCCUAGCAUUGAUAUCUUUGAGGCCUUUGAUGAGCUGCUACUGAUGAAGAGAGGAGGACAAGUUAUCUACUCGGGACCCUUGGGCCGCAAUUCUCACAAGAUUGUCGAAUAUUUUGAGGCAGUUCCUGGUGUGACAAAAAUCAAAGAGAAGUAUAAUCCAGCCACAUGGAUGCUAGAGGCGAGCUCGGUAUCAACUGAGCUUCGGCUUAGAAUGGACUUUGCUCAACACUACAAAUCAUCUUCCUUGCACCAGAGAAACAAAGCUUUAGUAAAGGAGUUGAGCACACCACCAGCAGGAGCAAAAGACCUCUAUUUUACGACUCAGUAUUCUCAGUCAUCAUGGAAGCAGUUCAAGUCUUGCCUCUGGAAGCAGUGGUGGACUUAUUGGCGAAGUCCUGAUUAUAACCUUGUUAGAUUCUUUUUUACCUUGGUAGCUGCACUUCUGCUUGGAACUAUUUUCUGGAAGGUUGGCACUAAAAGAGAAAGCACAGCUGAUCUUUCCAUGAUUAUUGGGGCUAUGUAUGCU